GAGUCCGUGCGCGACACAUCCAAUGUACUGAGUCGGAUGAACGACAUUCUCCUGGCCAGGGUGAACAAACACUCGGACAUCAUGGAAUUGGGCAAGUACAGUCGCGUGCCCGUCAUCAACGCUCUCUCUGAGAAGUACCACCCACUGCAGGCACUGGCGGAUGUCAUGGCUGUGCAACAGGU